AUGAUUAUAUAUUUGCUUCUCUUUUUCUUUUUCUUCCUUCUUUUUUCUUUCUUUUUUCUUUUUCCCGUUUCCUUUUUUCUUUCUUUAUUUUUCUUUCUUCUUUCUUUUCUUUCAUCCUUUUUCUUUCUUUCUUUUUUCUUCCUACCUUUUUCUCUCUUUCUUUUUUCUUCCUUCCUUUUUUCUCUCUUUCUUUUUUCUUUUCCAUUUUCUUUUUUCUUUCUUUUUCUUUUUUCUUUCAUCCUUUUUUCUUCCUUCCUUUUUUCUUUUACAUUUUCUUUAUUUUCUUUAUUUUUCUUUCUUGUUUCUUUUUUUCUUUCUUUAUUCUUUUUUCUUUCAUCCUUUUUUCUCUCUUUCUUUUUUCUUUUCCAUUUUUUCUUUCUUUCUUCUUCUUUCUUGUUUCUUUUUCUUUCUUCCUUUUUUCUUUCAUUCUUUUUUCUUUCUUUCUCUUUUUUUUCUUUUAUGAUCUUCUCUUUUUUCUUUCGUUUUCUUUUAAUUUCUCUUUCAGUUUAA